AUGAUGACCCCCGGCCGAGGCCUGCGUCUUGCAUUGCAGCAAAAUUUGACGCCAGGCCCGGUCAGCACGCCAUUGAACAAGUCAUGUUGGUUGGGUCUGGGGUUAGUUAGCGGUGUGAUGGAUGUACUCAGCAGGCAACAGGGAUGGCCGCUCAGCGGCGCGCACCUGGUCGGGUUAGGCAGGCCGUUAGCCAUAGGGCCCCCAGUGGAGAGCGGCGCCGAGCUAGCAGCGCUGCGACGCUUUUUUUUGCCCAAUCCGGCAUGCUCCAGGGUCAGCCCGGGCCAGCCACAGCAGUGA